AGCCUGGAAUAGCAGCCCCUGCUCUGGAGGAGCCCAGAGCUCUGCAGUGACACCAGCGCCUCGUUGGGCUCCAGAGGAUGUUUCACGGAUCCUKGUGAAGGGAGCCCGAGGCCUCGCGCUGAGGCCACCUCGUGCCACCUCAGCUGGCUACGUCCCGGUGCCUUUCCUGGCUUUGUCUGCUGGGGAAGGACGGGAUUGCUCCCGGCCCGGACGCAUCCCAGAGGUGGGCGCAGCGGAGCUGCCUUCCCUGCGGACACCUUCUACUCGUAGCCUGGACUUUGCACAAGACAGGGGAAGCCUGACAUCCCUGAAAAUGGCAGCUGAGACGUCCACGGAAGCUCCAAAAACUGCUAAACAAUCCAUCCUCAAAGAAGAGGUAAUUGUUGAAAAAAAAUGGUUGAGACUUGAAGAAACAACUUACAUUGAUGCCUUUGGCAAAACCAGAACUUGGGAAACUGUAAAGCGUGCAAACAAGAAGCAGGGUGUUUCAGCGGAUGGUGUCGCAGUGAUCGCUGUGCUGCAGAGGACUCUCCACUACGACUGUGUUGUCCUAGUGAAACAGUUCAGGCCUCCAAUUAGUGGCUAUUGCUUGGAAUUUCCUGCGGGCCUCAUGGAGGAAAAUGAGACUGCGGAAAGUGCUGCCUUGCGAGAGCUGGAGGAAGAAACUGGGUACAUAGGGGAAGUUGUUGAAUGUACUCCAGCACUCUGCUUGGACCCAGGUUUGUCUGACAGCACAACACACAUCGUGACUGUCACCAUUAACGGAGACGAUGCUAGGAAUAUAAGACCUAAGCAAAAACUUGAUGAUGGAGAAUUUGUGGAAGUUAUCUCACUUCCAAAGAAUGACCUGCUGCAAAGAAUUGAUGAACUAGUAGCAGAGGAGCACAUUGCAGUCGAUGCCAGGGUUUAUACUUACGCGCUGGCCCUGAAACGUGCAACAGAAAAACCCCUCCAGGUGCCUUUUAUGAAGUUCUAGUGCUGCACCCUGAGACACGUGGUUGAAACUGCUCCACUGGCUCUAGAGGUGCAGCUUCUGGUGGAAGAGAGGUCCUUUUGCAGAGUCAAAAUUAGGGUUUGUAGGAAUAAUUCUGAUGUUUUUAUCUGG